GGCUAUUUCUCCCGCACAGGUGAAUGGACGCUACUUAAUGAAUGAGCACAAGUCACUUUUCAAGCGGUAGGUGCUACUUCUGUGUCUAGUAUAUUUUCUACAAAGGUAAACAACACCAUGGUUUCAAAACUGGAAGACGCAAUGGAAGGCCUGAUUAAAGUGUUCCACACAUACUCCUCCAAAGAAGGAGACAAGUACAAGCUAAGCAAAGCCGAGCUCAAGAGCUUGCUUCAAGGAGAACUCGGUGACUUUUUAGCGGCGAGUAAAGACCCCAUGGUUGUGGAGAAGAUCAUGUCUGAUUUGGAUGAGAACCGGGAUGGAGAAGUGGACUUUCAGGAGUUUGUUGUGCUGGUGGCUGCUCUCACAGUGGCAUGCAAUGAAUUCUUUGUAGAGAGCAUGAAGAAUUAAAUGUCCUUCCAUGUCUCUCUUCAGCUGUGUGAGAACAUUUUGUAAGUGUUAUUUAUCAGAAAUAAAGACUCUAGUGAGAUGCA